UUUUAACAAACCAGGCCGUAAAUAAACAGCGUCCUCGUCCUGCUCUCUUCUUGUCUUUUUUUAGAAGUGACCUUUCGGCUUCGGUUACCGGCCAUCCAUGCGCGUGUUCGCCGGUUUUAACGUGCAGAGCAUGAAGGCGCUAGCAUUUGGGCUAACCCUGGUCCGACAGUCAUGCGAUAGACUCGGCUCUGUCUGAAGCCGGUCUGCAGCAGGCCGAAGCUGCAGGACGAUACCUGAAGGAUGUCAGGUUUAGCCGCGUGUUUGUCAGUGAUAUGCUGCGAGCUGUGCAGACUGCAGAAUCGAUCCUGAAACACAACAGCAGCUGUUUGGGUCUUCAGAUGAGCUUUGGGAUCGCUGAGGGGAGGAAGGUGAAGGAGCUGAAGGAGAUGGCCGAGGCAGCUGGUCAGACGUUUCCAGGCUUCACGCCUCCAAACGGGGAAACUCAGGAGCAGGUGAAGCAGCGGGUCCAAGAGUUUCUGGAGAAGAUGCUUCAGCAGGUUGGUUCUGAACGCUGCCGCGACGGAGGACAGGACGGACCUCUGGAGACGUGUCCUGUGGAGGGGAAGCCGGACAACGGGCUGAGGGACGUCCCGGUCCAUGUUCUGGUCGUCACCCAUGGGGCCCUGAUGUGCGUCGCCGUGCGCUACUUUGUGGAGGAGCUGGGCUGCUGCGUCCCUCAAGGCUGCGAUAAGGCCUACAUGUUCUCUCUAAGUCCAAACACCGGUGUGUGUUGGUUCAUUCUGACAGUGAAAGAAGAGCAGCAGAGAUUUGUUCUAUCAGCUCCAUGCUGAAGUGUCCUGUUCCUCCAGAUAUAUCUUCAUGUGUUCCUGAGCUCCAGCUGUCCUCCUGCUGCUGCUGCAGAUGUUCUGGAUCCUGGAGCUUCAGUCUACAAUCCACCCGUACGGACACGAGUACAGUGAUUAGGACGAGAGAGAAGGAAGCCAGUUGCAUGAUCAGUGGGGAUGAAGCGCUGUCCCGUUCAGGAUGGAGUGUGGGCCGCUACUGGAGGAGGAGAAAGUCCAGCAGGUCUAUUUAAACAGAGGGUCAAUAAACCGGCUAACUCAUUUACCAAAAUGUUUUUCUGUGGUUAAGGGCUGGAAUUCAUGAUUACUUUAACACCAUGCAGGAGAUUUGAGUCAGAAAACACUAAAAUAUUUAGUCCUGUCAGAGAUGCAGACAGAAUUUAUUCUAAACAUAAGAAACCUGAUCCAGACGUUCCAGUUGUUAGACCAGAGGCUGGAGGAGAGGAGGAGGGUUAGGAAAGAAGAUGAUGGAAACGGUGAUUCAGUUUUACUCAUCUGGAUCUUUACCGUCUUCAGGAGUAAAGCAGUGAGGUAAGAGGAAUGUGUUUUUGACUCAUGUCUUUAUUUUUCUACUUAUCUCACAGAAGUUUGUUGAAGUCAGAUUUGGAAAUGUUCUCCAGAGUUUGUUGUGGUCAGAAUGAGUAGAGUAGAGGCUCCUAUGGGGUUAAAAAUUCUACAACCUGUAGUGUAAAGAACAGUUUAACUCUUUAAACUCUGAUUAAAAAUCACAGAGAAGAAUCUAAGAUGUCAUGAACACAUGUAAAGACCAUGGGUGAAGGCCGUGCGCUUCCAAUGACUUCUAGAACUCUGAAUCUUCUAUGACGGAAUCUAAAAAACAAUCAUCGUUUUGGUUCUUUCAUAGAUUUAUUAUAUAUCUUCUGGUUAAAAAUAUACACAGUACCUUGAACCAUCAGUCUGGGUGAUGUAGGAAGAUGUGUUGAUCAGAUGAACUUCUCAUGAGUGUCUGAACAGGACUCAUUUAACAGUCAGUUACAGAUCUUCAAAUACCUGCUAGACCAAUAAUUAAUCUAUGAAAGAAUUAAAAAGCAUGACAGAGUUUCAUUGAUGCCAUCUUAGAGAGCAUCACUGGAAGCUGAAGGUUGAUCCAUAUGGUCUGUAUUGGUGUAAACCAACCUUCUGUUGAUGGCUGUAAAUAAUUGAUAAUUAAGAGUUCUGUUGUGUCCCAGAGUGUGGACUGACAUCCAGGGAGAAUGAUUCAUAUCCUGCUUCUUAAUUAACAGUUCAUACUUACUAGUGCAUCACCAUGCUGGUGACAGAUGGUGACCCUGGAUGGCAGGCAGGGAUCGGAGGAUGGCAACGAGGAUGGCAGCCGCGGCUCUGCAGAUGAGAGCUCUGCAUUGCCUCAUCCACCAAAGCCUCCUGUGUGCAAAGCUCAGUGGUGAGUUAAAAGAGACCAUGGACUCUGUCGUGGCACCUCCAGUUUACAGCACCACCUUCUCCGCAAACUGUUGACCGACAUGUCUGCAGAAUAUAAUGAUUUGCUCAUUCACAAUGACAUUAGAUGACUUAGCAAACGGAACGCAUUGACAUGUUUUUGUGAACUAAGAGAGGACAUUCUGGUGUUUCUCCGGACUUCAAAAUUGAAAAAAACCUGGCAAGUUUCUGUCUCUGAUGGAAAACGACGAGUUUUAUGCCGCUGUUUGUUUUUUAAGCGACGUUUUCCAUCAUUUGAACGAAGUAAACCUGGAGUUGCAGGGCAGAGAUAAGACCGUUGCUGAGCUUGUGGAAAAGCUUCAUGCUUUUCACAGAAAGAUCUCACUCUUCUCUGCUGAUCUUUGUCCUGGGAGGAUGCUCCACUUCCCCACGUUGAGGAAAUCUGGCCUGCAAAUUACCGAGGUGAUGUCAGGCCUUAUUGACUCUGAAAAACAACUUUGUCAGUAGGUUUGAUGAUUUCAGCAUCUCUGGCAUUGUAGAGAGGUCAACUAAGGGAUAGUCACAGUGAUUUUUCUGUCUUAAAUGGAUUAAGUGAUUAUUGUUGAAUGUACUUUGAAGCAUUUUGCCUUGAUAAAAUAUCUUGCGUUAUAAUUCUAUUCAGAGACAUAAUAUGCAGUUUUGUUUUGUAUUUGUUGGUGCACUAAGAAGUUGUUUGCUAGUUAAUUAAAUUCCAAACAACUGAUUUGGCUCACCUGAACUGAGUGCCGCAGUUUGAAAUACAUUGCUUUGAUCAAAUACCAGGCACUGCUAUGUUGUUGCAGUUCUAUUCUGUACCACACUAUGCACUUUGUUAUGUUUGUUGUUGUUGUUGGAGAUAAAUUUGAUGUAGCCUGUUGCUCAAAUGAGAGCAAUCUCAAAUAUAAAGGAUAACAACCUGUAAAAUUGUGUUGGUACACUUAUGUACAAUUCAGUGCAUGUUUUCUGUUAGUUAAUUGCAUUUCUCUAAUUGUCUGUUAAUAUGGCUGGGAUAUUGCUCACCUGGUCAGAUUUUUGAACAUUGUUGAAAAUUUAAAUGUAACAAUGCCUUGGGCCUAUAUGUGUCAGUGUAUCACAGUGUGCAUUCUUAAGCAGUUACAUAAUACAACAUAUUGAUUUCUUCAGUAUGUUGUUGUAAUUUCUUUUUUUGUUACCGUGAUUACUUAUAUUGUCUGGCCCCUUAUUUUUUCUCAGUUUCAUGAACUGGCCCCGACUCAAAAUUAAUUGAAUAGCCCUGCAUUAAACCAACCUUUUAGGUAAAUGUUCCAGGAUGUUGGGUAGAAUAUACCAUCAGAUAAACCUUUUAGGUCUACAUUGGAAGAUUUUAGAGUAGAAUAUUACUCCAAACCAUCCUUUAGGUCUACAUUUAAGGUGGAAUACUCCUUUACACCAAGAUUUUUUGGUCUACAUUGAAGGAUUUUAGGUGGAAUAUUCCUUUGAACGAACUUUUUAAGUUUAUGUUCAAGGAUGUUGGGUGGAAUAUACCAUCAGACCAACCUCCAAGGUCUACAGUAGUGAAUUUUAGGUGGAAUAUACCAUUAAACUCACCUUUUAGGUCUAGGGGCAGUGGUGGCGUAACGGUUAAGUCUCUGGACUACUGAUCUGAAGGUCAGAGGUUCAAACCCCAUUGUGGCCACUGUUGGGCCCUUGAGCAAGGCCCUUAACCCUUCCUGCUCCAGGGGGCGCUGUACCACAGCUGACCCGUCGCUCUGACUCCCCCAAUUGGGGAGAGAUGCGAAAAUCAUAAUUUCCCCUCCUGGGAUUAAUAAGGGCUAACAAAAUUUUAAAAAAAUACAUUGGAGGAUUUUAGGUGGAAUUUUCUUCCAAACUGUCUUUUAGUCUACAUUUAAGGAUGUUUAGGAUGGUAUAUUCUUCCAAACCAACUUCUCAGGUCUACAUUUUAGGUGGAAUAUUCCUCCAUACUAACUUUUUUGGUCUACAUUGAAGGAUUGUUUCUAAACCACCCUUUCGGGUCUAUAUUUGAGGUUUUAGGUGGAAUAUUCCUUUUAACCAGCCCCUCAAGUCUCUGAGGAUUUUGGAUGGAAUACUCGGUUAAACCAACAUUUUAGGUGCAUGUCCAAGGAUUUUUGGUGGAAUGUUCCUUUAAGGUGGAUGUUUGAGGACCUUGUAGGUGGAAUACUUCCUGAAACCAACCUUUUAGGUCAACAUUCAAAGAUUUAAGGUGGAAUAUUCCUUUAAACCAACCUGAAUUUCAUGUUUUGAUCAUUAUCAAGUGAGAAACCUCAAUCAAGACUCCUAAUAAUGACGUUUGACAUUUAUGCUGCUGUUAUUUGUUUAGUCCAGACUAAACAACAGAAAUCCACAACUGUAAUUUUAUUUCAGGACUCCGUUAUUAAAUGUCAAAACAAUCCAUGUGACUCUAAAAACUGAACAGCUUUACAAACUCUAAGAUUAAACUCUCCACAAGGAUCCAAAAUAAGUUGGACUUCUACAUGAGAGCUUUAAUUAUUCUUCAUCUACUUCCUGAAAAGUUUGGUCAAUAAAAAAGACAAAAACUAAUAUUUUCAGCUGAACUAAAGACAGACUUUGUGAUUUUUCUGCUCACAUGUUGUGUUGUUGUAAACUUCCUCUUUCAAAUAAAUAGCCUCCUAACCCCCUGGAAA